CCCUCCGCCUCCUGUCGUCACCCUGGACACGUGUGAGGGACCUGAAUAACAACUAACGCUCUGUCUCGGAGCUUUAUAAUCCUGGAAUGAGCGGCAGCGUCUGUGUUGCUCCGGAGGAUGCAAUAAGCAGCCGGGAGUGGGAAAUACUGCCGGUAAUCCCUCCGUGCCCGCCUUUCCUUCUGCCGACCACGGUAACAUGAAGGCUGUCUGUCUCCAGAUCCUGCUGCUUCUGCUGUGGGCCCUGUGCCUGGUGACCCUGGCUGGAGGGCAACCCAAAGCACCUCUGAAGUGUUCAAUAGAGUGCAUAAGUUUUACAAAAGCUAAGUUAGCAGAGAAGCAGAUCAGGAGCUACCGCAGGACCGAACCCAGCUGCAGAAAAGAAGCCAUCAUAUUUACCACUCUGAAGUCCAAGGAGAUUUGUGCAGAUCCAGAUGAAGAGUGGGUGAAGAAGAUCAGAGAGAAACUGGACCGGAAAAAGGCCACAGUGUCCCCACUUCCACGUGAUGCCACCUCACCAGAAGAGCCCGGUAGUGUUGAGAAACAUGUUGGUCUUCCAGAAGUGGCUCCAUCUCAAGCCACUGCUCCAACUAGUUUCUUCCAAGGGACUGGAACAACAGUUAGAGAGAGAAUACAUGCUCCUGCUGCCAGGACAGAGGUGUCCAGCAAGUCUCCACUGGGCAGGCAGGACCCCACCCAGCUCCCUGCAGGAUCCAUUCCUGAGAUACAGGAAGAGGCUGCACACUCCGAGGUUACUCCAGAAGCACAGAGAGAGUCCUCAAACUCUCCUGCAUCUUCAACAACUGUUGCAGCAGCCAUGGACUCCAGCCAACCCUCCCCACACCCCACUGUUCAAGAUACAGCUUCUCCUAACUCAAGUUCAGACCUGAUGCUUGCUACUAAAGGAUCAGACCAACCUGUACUUCCUACAAAUGGAUCCCUGGAGCCUACAAGUGCCAGAGCCAACACACCAGACACUGCUUCCAGCAGUUCUAGAUCAGAUCUCCCCUCCAUCUGGGGCAGUAUGGAGACCAUAACAGUCCCAGAGAAAGCACCACAGACUACUUCAGUUUCUACUCUAAGCUCCACCACAGCCAUAGACAAAGCUGCUUCUGUCCAUACCAACAGGGUUGUUGGUCCCCCUGCAGAUGUGUUUAGUACUAGAACAUUUGAUUAUUCAUCGCCUGUAGGAAAGCAAGGGCCUUCAGACACAGUAGUUUCCACUCACCAGGCAUUCUCAGGCCAAGCCAGAGUGCAGAUGAUCACAGUCAGGCCAAACAAUCUGCCUCUGCCCAGCUUCUUGUCGAAGUCUCAAAUGCACUUUGUCAUCCCAGUUUCUGUGGUGUGUGGACUGAUGGCUAGCAGUGUUGUUCUUGUAUGGCUGUAUCUGAAAUUUGGAGUCAAACCAGAAGAAACGUCGAGAGAAAUGGUACAGGGCUUGCUCUACCAGCAGGCAGGACAUCAAGACAAUGUCUAUCCAAUGGAAGUAAUCUGAAUGCUUCAUGGCAUGGACAUUUCUGGCCUCAACUAUAUGUGUGUUGCUGCAGAAAAGCUGUUCAUGCUGAACUGGUGACCAGUAGGAAGCAAGCCUGGGAAAAAAAAUCACAGAGAAAACUGAUUUAUUUGUAGAGCAGGAUGUCCAACAAUAUAUCUACUUCAUCGUUGACCAAUCACAGUGUUUUGGAAAUAAGGGAGACACUUCUUUUCUACUGGCACUGUUACAUACAAAGGCUGUGGCUGUUCUAUUGCUGUUGGUGGCUCUUUGCCAGGUGAUGUGAUCUUCCAAGUUGCUGUUGGGAAUUUUUGUGUGGUUCAUCAUGGCCCAGCCAAGAAGCCACUCACCCACCCACACUGUUGGGCUCAGCCACCUUGAGCAAUCUUAACACCAAACCCACACAAUUUGCACUUAAACUUUCUGCUGCUUCUUUCUUUGCACUUCAGGUCUCUGCUCUGUCAGACCAAGACUGAAGCUGGUGGCCAGCUCUCCUUGGGCUGAUUGAAUUUACUCUCAUCAUUUUCUCUUGCUGGAGACACGAGGGAUAGCCCAGCUUUUCAGAAAGAGGUGACCAACACUGCAUCUGAUGGGGGGACUGAAGGUUCCCCAGAGAAGCUGGCAACCCACAGUCCCUCUCCUCCUUGAAGUCAGGCCCUUCCUUUUAGCAGCUGUGGGCAUUUCUUCUUGCAGAUGAAUUCUGAGAGCUGGUUCUCAGCAAAUCAAUGCAAUAAAUCCCUUCUGCUAGCUGAUGCACCCUGUGUCCAGCUGCAUCCAACACCAGGGCAGGAUAAUGCUGAUUAAUCUUCGCAAAUGGGAGAAAAGAAGAAGUCACCCAAUAAUUUUGCUAUUUCUGUGUUAUCACUGGAACAUUUUUGCUGUUCUCUGCAAGCACAAAACCCAGGAAAUGCUCUUGGAGGAGCUAAAGGCAAUUCUGGAUUUAGCCAUGCAGGAAUUACUCUACCACAGCAGAUGUAACGUCCUUUUGAUCCCAUUUUCUCUCUAGAAAUAAGCACAUUUGCUGAUCCACACAAAAAAAAAAAAAAAAAAGCACAAAAUGCCUGUUCACGGUCCUACAUUUCAGCCACAUUUUAGUUUUUCCAUUUUGGAUAGCACUGAUCACCAGGCUAUGAAAGCACUGUAACAGAACCAGGCUUUUUUUAACCCCAAAUUGAUUUUGAUUUUUACACAUCCUGACAUUGCUGUACAUAAGUCUUACGUUUUAUCUGUGGUCAGAUCCUGAAAGCCCUUAUUAAUCUUUGACUCUAGGAUGAAUUCUGCUGGAGGGUGCAAAGGUCUUCAUGAUAUGAUGCUUUGUAAGUAGAUACAUAUCAAGGGUCAGAUCCUAACCAGCCUCAGUGAAUCAGAUCCCUAAGUAUAAAUACGCAGGCAGAAAAUGAAAGGAAAAACAUAAUAAGCAAGAUUAUCAAAAAAGAUGGGCCAACUGUAAAGCAGAGCUUGAGGAAUGUGGCCUGUUAGAUCUGUCAGAUUGCACCGUCAGGGCAUCCAUCCAGCCCUGCAGGGGGAGGGGACAGACUACAACCGUGUUUGCGUUCUGCCAUCACACAUCCCUUACUUCUGCAUUUUGUUGACUUGAGAGAGGGGAGCUGGGGAUUCAUCUCAGCCUUUGCAAGUACGGCAUGCACUCAGAUUAAUUGCAAUGAUGAAUUUGGAGUGAAAUCCUUCCUUGUGCAGCAGCCCAGCUGUGGAACUCUGGUUGGGGUUGACUUUCCUAGAGGGCAAAUCGGGCUGUCAGUGCCACCUCCCCAUGCACCCCACUUGUGCACAGCUGGAACUCAUGAGGCAAUGUACUGUGGCAUUAUUUUUAUAUGAAACACUAGAAAUGUUAUUUUUGUAAAGAAGUUUUAUAGCUUUUUGAAUGUGUAUGAUGUCCUGUCUGAGCUGCUUGGAGUCGAGACCUUUUUGGCAGCACUGGAAAACACUGUGCCUUGUCUAUUUUGUUGCUGGUCUUAGAUGGCUUGUGCAUGUCCACGGGAGCUGGAUCACUCUCCAGGCCCUUCAGCAAAUGGAGUGGACACUUGUCUAGCUGCCAGUGAAGUGCUUGUCUUGGAGCAGUGCUGGGGAGAUGGAUAUGCACCAGUCAGAUCGCUUGGAGUGCCACCAGUCUUUGAAAGGACACUGCUUUCAGCUCCACCACCAGCUCCCGCCGUCUUCCAGCUGCCGUGAUCCCACUGAGACUCAUCAGGGAGAGCUGCUUCUCCAGGCUGGCCCUGUCCUCAUGCUCUUCCUGCUCCCCUCUCCUGUCCCUCAGCUGUUUGCAGGCAGGGUGCUGGCACCCUCACAGGGGACAGGUAAAACCCAGGACGGGGGACACUGCUAUUUAUUCCUCUCUCUGCAAGUCUGGGAGGGAGGGAGGAUGGAGCCUGUGGGUGUCACCCAUUUCUGGGGGUUAAAAUUUCACUUGCUGUAGAGCACAGUGACUGUUACAAGCUCCAGUUCAUUUGUAUAUUGAGUGUGUGCAUGAGAUAUGAGCUGUACAUUUUUAUAGAAGUAAAAGUAAUAAAGUCCUUACGUUAAAAACUUU